UUGGUCUUCAGAAUCCUCUUCCUUGAUCAGAAUAUUUCAUCUGUGCUUCUUAAGUCUAAGUCACUAGAAUGGUUAGGUUUUCUUGUUUUUCGCUCUUUUUCCUAGCAGCUGGGGCUUAUAUGACUACAGAGUGUUCCAGCGUGGAGAUUAUCGGAGGAAGAGAAGUGUCUCCUCACUCCAAGCCGUUUAUGGCGUCCAUCCAGUACGCUGGCACUCACGUGUGUGGAGGAGUCCUGAUCGCGCCGCAGUGGGUGCUGACAGCCGCCCACUGCCAUCUGGGACUUAACAAAGACCAAUCUGCGAAGGUGGUUUUAGGAGCACACUCUCUCUCAAAGAAGGAGCCCUCCAAACAAAUAUUUGCCGUUAAAAAAUUCAUACCAUUCCCAAGAUUUUUACACAAUCCUAAAUCAGACGAUAUCAUGCUGGUUAAGCUUCACACGGCCGCAGAACUCAACAAAUAUGUCCAGCUGUUCCACCCAAGAUCCAAGAACUAUCUUAGAGCUGGAGCCAAAUGCCAAGUUAUUGGUUGGGGAGCCACUGAUCCAGAUGUUUUAACCACCUCUGACAUCCUGCGAGAAGUGACUGUCACUGUCAUCAGUCGGAAACUUUGCAACAGCCAAAGUUACUACAAUCGCAACCCUAUUAUAACCAAUGAUAUGCUUUGUGCAGGAGAUGCUAAAGGCCACAAAGAUUCCUGCCAGGGUGACUCAGGUGGCCCCUUGAUCUGUAAAGGUGUCUUCCAAGCCAUCGUCUCCGGAGGUCAUAAGUGUGGUAUUGCCAAGAAACCUGGAAUCUACACCCUGUUGACCAAGAGAUACCAGACUUGAAUCAAGAGUCACCUUGCUCCAUCUUAUGAAAGUUAAGAUUACAGAUGAUUUUCUGAGAUGUACCAGUUACUUACUUUUUUUUCCUAUGCUAUACUCAAGUCAUCUUUAUCUUCAGAUAGAGCUGCAUGUGGGUAGCAGAGCAUAGUUGGGAUCCAUUUCUGUACCCCUAAGACUUACUUUAUUCCUUAACUUCUUUGUCAAAUGUAUCACUGGUGUAUUUCUAUCAUGCUGACUUCAUUCUGAAUAAAAUUUAGAA